AUGCCACCAUCGCCAGGGCCACCCGGGACUAGCCCAUGCAGCCCAGAAGUUAGAGGAGGCUCCGAAGUGACCCAAGAAACUCCAAUCCUUCAGCGGGAGAAGAAAGGUUCCCGCGCGGACUCGGGGACCUCCUCGCCCUCGGAGCACCCGGCUCUGCCUACUGCCCGCCCCACCGCCGCCUCGCCCCUCCGGGCUCCGACUGGGUACACACGACCUUUGAAAAGUAAACGCGAGUGGGGCUGGACGACCUUGGGUGGGACAAGCUCGGGUCCGCCCUACCGGCGGGGGCGCGUGCCCGGGGAAAGUUGGGGCGCGGAGGGGCUCCCGGGGUGCGGCGUCCUCGCCCCCGCCCCUGAGAAGAACAGUGACGCGCGUGGGGCAAGCCCGCAACCCGACCUGUCAGCAGCUGCAGCGCGGCGCAGGAGCAGGGCGCGCGGCAGGCCUGGCCUGCAUGACAGGCCGGCGGGAGACAGCUCCCCGCACACGCCCGGCACCCUCAGCGCCGCCCCGGGGCACCCGAACCGCCCGUCGCACCCUACACCUGCGCCUCGGCCGCCCCAUGACAGGGACGGCGCCUCCUCAGGGCCCGGGCAGGGGUGGGCGCUGCAACUCACCAGCUCCUUGGAGACCGUCUGGUCCCGCCGCCCCCCAACCCCCGCCUCGCCCCGCGGCCCGGCCCGCAGCGCAGCACAGCGCUCCGACCGCCUCCCCACGUGCUCGCCCAGGCCGGAGGAACACAGAGACAUUAAAUACUGA